AUGGACCGCAUGGAGAACAAGCUUGGUGUAAGGGACAGUAGUCCGGUCGAUGAAGACAAAGGCGGAACAAGAAAAGCCAAGGUCAGCGCAAGGUCGUUGGGUGCUCAGAAAAGGAAACGCACAGCGCAAGAGCCUGAUCCGGCAGCAGAGGAGAGGAAGAAGGCGGCAAAAGAAGCUCGAGAGAAGAAGCUUGCAGAAAAAGAUGUCAAGGUCAUCGUCGCUGUCGACUUCGGGACCACACAUACAGGAAUCGCCUAUGUCAGCAGCAAUAAGACGUCCCAUGAUGUUGACGUGUUGCUCAAGCUUCUUCUGGAUGGAGCUACCUCGAAGACCGAUUUCGACGAUGAGCUGCUCCUGAGAUGCAUUGGCGGCGUGUUAAUGAGCUUACCACCAGACAGAACUCCGAAGGAGUUGGCAGAACGUUUUCUGAAGUGCGUCCACAACCAUAUCGGAGAUCGUCUGUGCAGAGAGAUUGGCAGAAACGCCGUGGAGCAGACCAGCUUUCGAUAUGUGAUCACUCUGCCCGCGACUUGGAGCCCUGCUGCCCGUGAAGCCACUCGCCAAGCAGCACGAAAUGCUGGGUUUGGAAGCCGCGAGAAAGACGAACUAUUGCUCGUCGAUGAACCCGAGGCCGCUGCUGUAGCGGCGAUCAAGUCAGUGACCGCAUCGUUUGAUGUCCAUACCUUCCAGCCUGGCACAUGUGCAACGAUUGUGGACAUCGGCGGAGGAACAACUGAUCUGGUCACAUACAAGAUUGUCAAGACUGACCCGUUGAAGCUGGGAGAGGCAUGCGUUGGACAAGGGGGUAAGUGCGGCGCAACCGCUAUCGAACGCGCCCUCCACGGCCUUCUUGAACAUCACUUCGGUGCUGCUUUCUCCGAGCUUGCUGCCACCAAGAUUGGUGCAGGGAGUAAGUUCAUGGAAGCAUUUGAGACUGUCAAACGAGGGUUCGAGGGAGUCGUCAAUGGCAAAGUCUAUGAAUUGCCUCUCUGGAUGGCGAAGGUGAACAUGGAGAGCUCGGAAAUGAAAGAAAGUGAAGAGCUGGGGGUUCUUUUUGAACCGGUGCUGGAGAAGGCCUUCGAACUGGUCAAAAAGCAGAUCAAGAGAACCAAGAAAGCCAAGAUGCCAGCAGUCAAGACGAUGGUGCUCUGUGGCGGAUUGGCUUCAUCCACCUAUGUUUGUACCAGGUUCGAAGACUUCAUCAAAACUCUCAGAGGGGAGAACAUUGAGCUUGUCGUGCCCAAGAAAUCAUGGUCAGCCAUCGCUCGAGGAGCAGCGAUCUGUGGUCUAGAAAACUCUCCGGUGCUUUUCCGGAGAUCGCGAGACCAUAUCGGCUUCUGCGUCCAUGUGAAAUUUGACGAAGACAAGCAUGAGCUCGAAGAUCUAUUCGAAUGUCCGGUCCGUGGACCCAGAGCCAUGAAUCAGAUGCGCUGGGAUAUCGCAAGUGGCGACGAGAUCUCUUUGGGAAUGAAGAAGCGGUUCAGAGCCUAUGUCGUGAUUGACAAAGCCGAGGCUCGGAAAGACGAAGUGCUCAUUGAUCAGACCAUCUAUAGGUGUUCGAAGAAGAAGGCGCCCAGCCGGAUGGGUCCUUCUGUCGUGAAAAUGGGAACGAUCACGAUGAACCUCACAAAGUUCGUCAAGGAAGAACGCGUUCGCAUCAAGAAGCAGACGAACAAAUUCCCAGAACACCACUCCUACGACAUCGAGAUCUUGGUGACUACCAGCUCGUCGAAAGGCGUAUUGGAGGUAACCUCGAAGAUCGGGCGACGCAGUAUUGGAUCCACCACCAUCGAGUAUGAGGCCGAUCCAGCUUGGAAAGGAUCUCUGGUCACAGGAGAUGACUGA